AUGCGAGUACACUUGUUUGGUGCUGUAUCCUCUCCCGCAUGUGCCAAUUCAGCACUAUUGCAGGCCGCCGAAGAUGGUAAAGAUGUCAGCAACCACAAGGCAGUAGAAACUCUUAAGAGGAAUUUUGAUGUUGACGACUUAUUGAAAAGCGUUAGGUGCUCUGAUGAAGGUAUUCAACUAGUGACAGAUUUGGUGAAUGUAUGUGCUAAAGGCGGUUUUAAUUUAACCAAGUGGUCAAGUAAUGAUAAACAAGUCAUCGACACGAUUCCACGAGAGAAGAGAUCGAAGGAUCUCCAAGAUUUGAACUUGAAGGAAGAUGGGUUGCCACCUCAAAGAUCAUUGAGUGUCAAAUGGAGUCCUCAGGAUGACUUCUUGUGUUUUAGCCCACCAACUCGAGAGCAGCUCUGGACUAAAAGAGGUUUGCUGUCGACUCUAAGUUCGAUGUUUGAUAGGUUUGGUUGCGCCAGUUAUCAAGAGUGGUGCUGCAGGAGACAAUCAAGGGUCACAGCGGAUGGGAUGACAUUGUUCCAGAGAAUUUGCUGA